AUGGACCCCUCCGAGAUCCGCACAUACGAAACCAAAGCAUGGAACGCCCUCUGCCACUCCGGGCCUUCCCUUCUCCCACUCCUCGCCAAAGACUGCAUCAUGCUCUUCCCCGGCGGCAUGAUGCUCUCUGACAAAACUCUUCGCUCUACUCUCACUGGCGAUAUGUUCCAGCCGUGGGAGUCAUACACCAUUUGUGAGGAUCGCGUGGUGCCCCUCGACGCCAAUGGACGAGUUGCCCUGGUCGUGUACAAAGUCACUGCAGAACGGGACGAUGUAAAUGGCGGAGAUACGGUUGCCUUUCGUGCACUUUGCUCGAGUAUCUGGCGUCAGAGAGCGGGUGAUCGGGGUUUGGGAGGGUGGGAGAUGGUUUCGCAUCAGCAGACUCCGGUUUUAGAUACACCGUGGUGA